CAGAAGCCCUCGUCAGCCAAGCUAUAAGUCCGAGCGGCCCACGAAGGAGUCUCCAUCCCAAGCCAUGCGAACGUUGAUGCUGUUGCUGACCUUUGGGACCCUUCAGCAGAUGAUUCAUGUGCUGGGAGGUCCGACACUGGUCAAACGGGAGUGUUUCCAUGACGACCACAGCUGCUCUGCUUUGACAGGCACAGAGGAGGUUGGCAUGUUCAAUCAGGUGACGACUCCAUCAUACCACAUGACCCAGAUAUUAGUUGGACAUCAGAACUCUGAAGGUGUGAACAUACAUCCUAAAUCCACUGAGAUGACCCCAGUGGAUCUAGGAACCAUCAAAAUGAAAACUCUGAGUAGGGAGCAAAAGGAAGAUAGCAAUAAUGAACCGGAUGCUUUAUUAAUGCAUCCCCUAUGGAGAGGGACGCCAACUCUUUCAUCCAAUCAGGAUUUUACGCAAGUUCUUCUUCCAUCUGGUGCACUUGAGAAGGACAUGUCACCCUUGGAAAAUUACGGAACAGCUACUUCAAGUCCUGACGUUCAACCAGAACGGCCUACAGUGUCAGGUCCCUCAUCAGAAUCAACAAGUUCAGUGAGCUCUGCACAGGUUAGAGACACCACCAUGAACUUUGGGAAUGUGGCAACCAGCAGCCAUUUAUCAGCUGAAGAUGGAGAAUCGUCUCUUCCAACAGAGGAACCGCUAGUCUCUGCUAUCUCGGUCUUCAGAGCAAAAGGAGGAGAAAUGUCUAAUGAGAGAAAGGCAGGGGAGCAUUUGGAUGUCCCAAGCCUAAAUGUGUCUACUCCCACUUCCAGCAGCAGCGAAGCAGGAAGUACACUUGGAGGAGAAACGGUGGCUGAGGAACAACCCAACAAGAAAGUGGAAGAGAAGCGGGACACAGAAACUGAAAAAAGACUGCAAGAGCUUCCUGGAACAGACAGCGAUGAAGACUUGAGAGGAAAGAAGGAGGCGGAAGAAGCCAGUAAUUAUAGUCAACAUUCUGAGGAACAUGAGCCGCCAACUAACAAUAUUAUUACAUCGAUCCCUCGAAAAGCGCUCCAAUCACAGCAUGAAUCGCCACUGAAUGCUCCUACAACGAUUAACCAACAUCCCGAUGGACAACAACUCGGAGCAGGGCCCCAAGGUCAAAUGGGUCCACCAGGUCUACCAGGACUUCCAGGACCAAAAGGAGACAAAGGUUAUCAAGGCAUGACGGGAAGAACUGGACAGACUGGACACAUGGGCCCCGUUGGUCCACCUGGGAUGCCCACUAUUGUUGUAUUUGAAACAUCUGAGGAGGAGUGGGAGAAGCUUAAGGGGCCUUCAGGACCUCCUGGACCUCGUGGAAAUAUGGGACCAGUUGGGUUACCUGGAAAUCCUGGGAAGAAAGGCCGGAAAGGAAUUCAAGGAAAAAUUGGUGUCCCCGGGCCACAAGGUAUGCCAGGGCCACAGGGUCGGCCAGGCAAUGAUGGAACUCCCGGGGAGAAUGCAGAACCAGGACCCCCAGGCUUGCCUGGAGAACAGGGACCCCAAGGCUACAAUGGAGAUCAAGGCAGCAAAGGGGAGCUGGGUGAGUGGGGUUAUGAAGGGGAGCCUGGACCACAAGGCAAUCGAGGUCGAAAAGGAAACAAGGGGAAUAAAGGCGUCAGAGGUAUCGUUGGGAUUCCUGGUUACUUGGGAGCAGCAGGAGCGAGGGGUCCUCCAGGUUUCCCCGGAAGAUCAGGAUCCCGGGGACCGAGUGGUGCAAUAGGCUUUGGCGGACCACCAGGCCCACGUGGCAAAAUGGGCCCAAGAGGUGGAAAAGGUGUCCCAGGAGUAAAGGGACCUCCUGGUCAACAAGGUGAAAUUGGUCUUAGAGGAGCAGUUGGACCACAGGGAGAGCCUGGCCCUGUCGGAACAGUUGGAUUUCCGGGAAUACGUGGACCUCAGGGGAACCCCGGACCUGUUGGACCUCCAGGUCCAAAGGGAGACCCUGGUGGUCCUGGAGAUGAAGGAGACAUCGGGGAACCUGGACCUGACGGUCUUUAUGGAGCCAAUGGGAAUCCAGGAUUGCCUGGACCCUCAGGUGAUCCCGGAAAUAAAGCCACGCGUGGUCAACGAGGUGAUCCAGGAUUUAAGGGAGACGUGGGGCCACCAGGGCCUCCGGGUAAACCGGGAUAUAAGGGACGUCGGGGCCCAAUGGGACUUGAGGGAAUUGGAGGGCCAACGGGACCAGCGGGACUUGAUGGACCCAGCGGAAUUGAUGGUAUCAUGGGAGAGGAAGGCAAGCAAGGCAAAGAUGGGUCAAAGGGAGAUAGGGGGCCUACGGGCAUUCAGGGAACUCCUGGACCACGAGGAGACAAGGGUCGAGAGGGUCGCUCAGGAUUUUCAGGAAUGCCUGGCUUUUCUGGAGAGAUAGGAAAAUCUGGAGAACAAGGGCAUGAAGGAGAACCUGGUAUUAAGGGAAGGCCAGGAGUACCAGGUCAAAGUGGGCCAAAAGGCCUCAAGGGUUUACGAAGUUAUUCGGGAGCUGGAGGACAAGAUGGAAUUGAUGGAGCCAUGGGACCUGUUGGUACAAACGGAAUAACCGGAGACACCGGAUCUCCAGGUCCAAAAGGAUUUUCAGGGAAGACAGGAGCAAGUGGCCCACAGGGACCUGUAGGGAUGAAUGGAGAAGCUGGAAGUACAGGACUGAAUGGAAUACCCGGGACAAUGGGAAAGAGAGGGACGAAAGGGAAACAAGGACUUAAGGGACGGCUAGGGAUGGAAGGAGACAAGGGCAAGAGAGGUGAAAAGGGGCCAAGAGGGAAACCUGGUCCUUCAGGCAAGAUGGGCAUGGCAGGACCACGAGGACACACAGGACCUGCAGGUACACAGGGUAACAUUGGAACAUGGGGUGAGGUUGGUCCACGAGGCCAUCCAGGUGAACAGGGGUCGCGAGGAGCUGUUGGCCCCACUGGUGUCAUAGGGUAUCCUGGUAAAGAUGGACCUCAAGGAUCAAUUGGCCCACCUGGAGUCAAAGGUGGCAAGGGAACUAAAGGAAUUGCCGGAGAGGAAGGACCUGCCGGGCUCGAUGGUGAGGAGGGUCCACCUGGACAUAGAGGGGCUGAGGGAUCACCUGGACAAAACGGCACAUCAGGUGAUAAAGGAAGCAAGGGGCCCCCUGGUCAGAAAGGUCCAAAGGGGGCUGCGGGUGACCAAGGUGCCCGAGGUCCUCAAGGAUUAAAGGGCCGUCAAGGAAAGCAGGGGCAUACUGGAACACAAGGGUACAGAGGCAAACAGGGAUCUCCUGGACUCAUGGGUGCGCCAGGCCAAAGGGGUCUCCAAGGAAUGCUUGGACAGUUUGGACCAGGCGGGGACACUGGAAAACCCGGAAGCAAAGGACAGAAGGGUCUUCAGGGACACACAGGCUCCCGUGGUCGCAUCGGACUCCCUGGCCUUAUCGGUCCAUCAACACCGGGUUUUCCAGGCAAGAUGGGCCCUGAUGGCAAUGCUGGGAAUACUGGACCAAAGGGUAGCAGUGGAAAGGGGGGCGAACUUGGUCCUCCGGGCGUUAAAGGACACAUGGGAAUAAAGGGUGAAAUGGGAGCAAAAGGAGAACCAGGAACUAAGGGCACAAUGGGUAGGCUGGGUAGGAUUGGCUUUAUUGGCCCUACUGGUUCUAAAGGUCGGCCUGGACCCGGUGGUUCUCCUGGUCCCCUUGGACAUAAAGGAAUUCACGGGACAACUGGAUUGUCAGGUCAACCUGGCAAUAAGGGUAACAAAGGAGCGCCAGGAAAAACUGGAGCUGAAGGCCCUCCAGGUGACCGAGGACCUGUCGGGGGACGUGGAAUACCUGGUUUGGAUGGUUUGGACGGACUACACGGAGUUCAGGGUAAUGAAGGUUAUCCGGGAAAUACUGGCCCCAAAGGAGAACCUGGACCACCGGGCAGGCCUGGUAAACAGGGAACACCUGGACCACCUGGUCUGAGAGGAAACACUGGACAACAAGGCAUUAAGGGCGAAACUGGACCGGCAGGAGAAAGAGGACCUCCCACACCGAUGGGGCCGAGGGGUAUCCCUGGACUAACAGGAGAGAAGGGCAAUAUGGGAAUAAGAGGUCCCAAGGGUCUCCAGGGUGAGAGAGGGUUUCCAGGUCCAAUUGGUCCAGCGGGGAUAAAGGGGAAUUUUGGUCUGCAAGGUGCAAAAGGUGUAACAGGGCAUAAGGGGAAGCAGGGGGAUACUGGACCUCGUGGUCCAUCUGGACGAAAAGGGCCCCCUGGGCACUCUGGCCAAAUUGGAAAGAAGGGAAUGAAAGGUAUCCAAGGCACCAGUGGAACAAAGGGUGUAAAGGGCAAACAAGGACCCCCAGGAAAAACAGGUUUACCAGGCAAAAGUAGAUCUCAUUCAAAAUCUGAGGGCAUACCAGCUGAAAGAGUAGAAGAAGCCUUAACAAAAUUCAACGAAGAGCCUGAAAGGAGACACAAGUCAGCACUCCAGAUACAGGAAGGACAACAAAAAGAGCCAAAUCCAGUGAAGCCUGACACAAAAUUCUAUCUCGAUGAUGAGGCAGAUGAUGAAUUUUUCAGCUGGCCCCAAGGCACAAAAGACGACCCUGGCACCUCUUGUUAUGAGCUGAGUCUCAUACACCCACAUUUCAAUGAUGGUUACUUUUACAUGGACCCUAACCAAGGUUGUCUCUAUGACGCUUUGAGGGUGUUUUGCAAUUUCACAGCAGGAGGAAGCACCUGCAUCGACCCAUUGCAUUCGCAGAUCACAUUCAGAUGGAAUUUAGAAGAGCGCCAAUCAAGAACAUCACCAAUCCAGUGGUUUAGCCAGCAAAGCGGUGCCGACAAGUUUGAUUACCUUGGCGUGGAUGUUGUUCAGCUGAGGUUUCUACGAUUACACAGCCACACAUCUUUCCAGCGCGUGACGCUCAGAUGGACAUCCAACAACUCUGCGAAGAAGGGCACAAGCGACUUUGUCCACUUACUUGGAGACUCCAGCAAAGACAUACAUUCAAACCACACCACGGUGUUCACACGAGGACAUGAGGUGGAGAUGGUUGUGAAGGUUUGGGGCAGCACAGAGCUACAUCGAGGUGAUAUGGAGUUACUUCCGAUCAGAGAUCUGGGGAUCGAGACGACAUCACCUUGGGCGCACAUCCCUGAGAUCAGCGCCGACUUGGGGCCCCUCUGCUUCUUGUGACGAAUAACUGUGUGUGCAUGCUGUAUGCAUGUGUGUGUUUAAUAAAACACUUGUAAAUAGCUAUAGAAGGAACGUAUGGAGUCUCGACAAUGUACAUGAGCACUGCUUUUUUAUUAUUCUACUUUGUUAACUGUUUUGUGAAGCACUUCGUUACAGCUGCAGCUGUUGUGAAAGCGCAAUAUAAAUCAGGAUGUAUUGUAUUGUAUUACUUUCUUAUUUUGUGGAUAUUUAUUGAAAUGACAUUGAUAUGAGUGGAAAUAUUAGAGCUCUUACAAAAUAUUCAAAUUGCAUUGAAUGUUUAGUAAAUUUGUAUGUUUGUAUGUAUUGUUUUUUUUUGCACGCAAGAUCAGAAUGAAAUGUUACCUUGACACCUCAUUAUAAAAUCAAGUCUCAAAGAUUGAUAUUAUUUGAAACUGAAUUAUUCUGAGGCCCUAGUACUAAUAUUCACUGAGCAUGUUUGGAAGGAUAAUAAGUUUUCACCAUAAACAAAACACAGGUUUUUAUUUUACAUGUACAAAAGUACAUGUAUGAUGUUCGGAUGAUAGUAUCUGUAUAAAACAGUAUUUAGGAAAAGACAAAAGUGUUUAAAAUACAAAUGGUUGUGGAAUAAAAUAGUUGCAUUCUGGCAGCUGUACAGGCCUUCA